AUGUUAUUUAUGGAAUCCUAUAUGUGCUAUUGCUCUGUGCGACUCGGAGUCAUUAUCGUUUCGGUUUUGACUAUUAUACGAAGCUUAGCUCAGAGUCUAACCCUUUUCUUGAUGGGCGUCAAAGUCUUUGAGCCAUUAAUCGAUUUGUUCGAGCACGAUGCGGAGUACAAGGACAGGAAGUGGGUUAGAAAAUACAUCAGUUGGAGUGAAAACUCCCCCGAAAGCUUCUCUGCGGUUUUUCAGGUUAUAUCCUUUGCUCAUAUGGGAGUUGCCUUCCUAAGUAUUUGGGGUGCUUUGAAGUUAAAGAAAUGGCUUGUGCUCCCCUUGGCCGCAUUCGAGUUUGUCUACUUCAUAAAUAUUACUUUUCUUCACAUUGUUCUAAUGAUCAUGCUCAAGAAGCAGAUUAACUUGGGCUUACUAAUAAUUCUCACACUUUUGGGCUGUUUUUAUAUACUUUUUGUGGGUUACAAUGCCAUCACCUGUGUGGCCAUGUUCCAGAUCAUAUGCCUUGUGAAAAGUGCCCGUUAUCGCGAGCUCUAUGGGGAGGAUCCCUUCCAUCCGCUGGCCAUGACAACUAGUACUUCAAAGGACUCGGAAAAGUCGCCCCAGGUUCUUCGUAUGUACGACAUGCACGACACCAACAUUGACGAGCAGAAGCGGCUGAGCAAGAUGGGAUUGUGGCCACGCCGUCAUCCGCCGGUGGUUGCCGUCCUUCCCGCCCAGACGCGGUAUCCGCAGCCCCAGCUGAAGUGGUGGCAGCAGCAGGCUCUGAACACCUCCGAUGAUCACCUGCAGGAUCAGUCCGUCCACCGCAACUGGCAGCCAAUGGAGCUCCUCAACGGAGUGGGCGGCGAGUUGCAACGCAAAAGUGACCUCAAUCGACGUUACGCCGAGAACCAGAUGCAUCGAUGGUACUAA